UUGUGGGCUGUGGCAACACGCGGGUUGCAGGCAAAAUGACACAUACAGUUAUGUCAUACCAUACUGGCCCGUGGACAUGAAACCGUAGGCCCAGCACGACCCACAUUUUAUUGUGUCGGACCGUGCCGCAAGGCCCGCAACGCGGGCGGCACGACCGUUUUACAGCUCUGGACCGAAAGGCAUUCAAGAAAAGGAGUUGGAAGCAAAGAAGCCAUGUCCUCUUGAUUUAAAUACCAGCACUUGGGGGCUUCAGGUCAGGUCUAACCGAUUUAUAAUUCUCUCUCUCUCCUCGGGGUCUGGAAUCUGAAAAAAUGGAAGAGGCCCAGCAUUAAUGAUGGAUAUCUUGUCUGUUGUUAUCACAAGAAGAUAGGAGAUCAAUCGACACCCAGGAAAUUCACAGAAAGAAGAGAUCAAAUGAAAAGAGGAAGAGGAGGAAUGGAGGAGUCUGAGAUGAGGUCUGCCAUCGAGGAGCUUUCUUUGGUUGUCAAAGAUAAGCCAUCUGGUAUUAAUCCUGAUGCUGCAUAUCUUCCUACCAAGCCAUUUCUGUAUACCUGCAAUUUACUUAUUCAAGUACUGGAUAAGAUUGGACCAACAAUGGCGGUUUUGAGACAAGACAUACAUCAAAAUAUCCAGAAAUUGGAUAAGAUGUACGAAUCGGACCCAUCCGUUUACUCAAACGUGGUUGAGAUUUUGAAGAAAGAAGCAAGAGAAGGAAUUGCAAGAAAGCCCUCCAGCUGUUCAAGAGCCUUGGUUUGGCUGACAAGGUCAAUGGAUUUUACAGUAAAUUUGUUAGAGAAGUUAGAAAAGGAUGUGGCACAAAGUCUGGAGCAAGUGGUAGAGGAUGCGUACAUUACUACAUUGAAGCCAUGGCACGGAUGGAUUUCAUCCGCUGCUUAUAAGGUAGCUCUAAAGCUGAUCCCUGAGAGGAAAGCUUUCAUUAAACUUCUCAUUGCUGAGGAAGAAGACUAUGACAUGCUAAAAGAGGAAAUGCGGGAAUUGAUUUCAUUACUUUUACCUCUUCUAGAUGAUAUCCACUCCAUUCUGAGGAGUUUCCACCUGGACAAGUUAAAGGCUAAGUAAGGAGGGAGCAUAAAAACAAGGGCACACUAAAUUUCCUUUUCUAACAUGUACAGACAUCGGUUUCUUCUGGUUAAAAGUUUUGUUCAAUCUUCUCCAUUGUGUAAAUAUGUAUAAAUACGGUUUUGUCAGUUAUGUAUAAACUGAAUAUUGUAAACUAUGCAACUAAAUUUUGUAUCAAGGAGCUUGAUUGCAAGAGAACACCUUCCUUAAUGCAA